AUGCAUUAUGUUACUAGACGGUCCAAGGAUCACCGGGUGUGGCUCCAAUGUUGUCGUAGCGGCGAGCAUGAGAGUAAGGCCACGGUUAGGAAAACCGGCAGCAAAAAAUGCGCGUGCCCUUUUAUGGUGAUAGGUCGUCUCGACCAAAGUCGUCGGGCUUGGCGGAUAGAAUAUCUGAACAAAAAUUUUAACGAGACGCACAACCACGGCCCUGCUGAACAUCUGGAGGGUUACGCGUAUGCGAGGAGGCUUACUCCAAAUGAGUUUAGGCUGGUGCAAGAGCUGACAGAUCAAGACAUACAGCCCCAUACAAUCUUGAAGGCCGUAACCGAACAGAACCCUGAGAACAAAUGUGUUCCUCAAGACAUACACAACGCACACCAAAAGAUUAGGGCCGCAAAGUUUGAGAAAAAACCGUCUCCCAUGCAGCAGCUGGAACAAAUCCUCCAGGAAAAAAAGAUGACCUAUUACAUAAAGGCGGAACCUUCCACCAACGUCGUUCAACAUGUAUUUUUCUGUCACGAUAAGUCCUUUGAAAUGUGGAGGGCAUUCCUGCAUGUGCUUAUGGUCGACGAUGCCUACAAGACUAACAUGUACAAUCUUUCAUUUUUGCAAGUUGUGUGUAUGACGUCGACAAACCAAACCUUCUGUGUUGCGCAUGCAUUUCUUUCAAACGAGCAGGAGGCAACAUACGUCUGGGUCAUGGAGAGGGUCAGGUCUAUGCUGCACGAGUGCAUGGAGGCGCGUGUAAUUCUAACGGACAAGGACCAAACACUGAUAAACGCGUAUAGAAAAAUAUUCCCUGGCGCACACAGAUAUCUCUGCAGGUUCCACAUCUUACAAAAUAUUAUGAAGCACUGCAAGAAUUCGUUUAAUACGCAAGAUUGGGAUGCCUUUAUUUCUCAGUGGAAAACAAUGUGUAAUUUCGCUACCGAAGAGUUAUACAAAUAUAACGUCCUCAACCUUCAGAGACACCUUAUCAAUCAACAACGUACAUAUGUUUUUGAUUACCUAUGGAAUAACUGGUUAAGCACCUCCAGACAAUUGUUUUAUGGAAACGCUGGUGAAAAAGUGGGCACCUUGGUACUAAAGCAAUAUGCGCAAAUAAAGAAAUCCUUGGAAGAAAGCCGCACCAAGCGAAUGAACAACCACCUUCAGAUUCCUUUGUUUUGCAACCUACUUCUUAAAGUUUCCAUCCAUGGUCUUAACCUAUUGGAAAACGAGCUAACACAGAGAAUAGACACGUUGCGGUCAUUCGGAUCAACAUGUGGCUGCCAGCUGUACUCGGGUGCCGGGUUGUUAUGUGCCUGUCGCUUGGAGAGAUUGCAGAAUACAGACUGCGUCAUUCAGCUCGAAGAUAUAGACAUUUUCUGGAGAAAACUUGACCUGAACCCAUCAAAUUUUGAUGAGGAAGAUAUUGAUGUAGACAAACAAUUAGAAUAUGUGAAACAAAAAUUGUCUACCUAA